CUGUGAAGUUAUAUAAAGAAGAGUAGCUUAGAGCUGGCAGUUCAGAGUUCAGAGUCAGGAGUCAUAGAUCUAGUCUUUGAGAGUCUUCAGAAUAUAGCAAGGUAAAAUAAUUUCUGCUCGGAUAGAUUUUACUUCAAGAUGACUACAACGUAUAUGGUAUCUUCCAAGUUCAACCCAGCCGAAUGGCACUCGUCAAACGAGACGCAUUAUAUGAACGCGUUUCGAGAGGUCGAGAACGGGAAGUCUCUUCGAAAUGCUAGCGAUAAACUGGCAAAGAGCAUCGCCUACGAUGCCAGCAAGAUGCAGAAACAUGUCCGUGAAAAGAUUGGACACCGAAUCAAGGACGUCGCCUCGUGGAAGGCAGAGGUUGAGAAAGAGCGAUCCUGUGUCAUCUCCGAGAUGGAAGCAUUGCUACAAUGUAAGGCAAUGCUUGAGAAAGCCUUAGCCGCAACACAACACCCACUCACGGUACCCAAGAAAUGUCUAGCUUACAGAACUAACAGAGCUGGCAUAGACCUCGUCAAAGAUACUGUUGAGAAACAACUAUUUAAGGUAAACUACCCACUGUGAUAGAAAAAUUUAUAUAUUGUUUAUAUUGCAAAUAUCUCAAUGACUUUUGUUUGGAUAUAUAUAGCCUUAUGUGUCACUCAAAACCAUAGUCUAUAGACUAUACAAAAUAUAGUUGUUAUAACUCGUCGCAAGAAUUUCACAUUGGCAUAUAAAGCAUAGUCAUAGAAACUCGCCACCAAUCUCCGUCGGCUUGGCAACUUGAUAGUCAAAGUUGUACACUAUAACAUUCAACAAGUUAACAAGUACUAUUAAAGUGUAUAAAGUUUUGAAUGGCUCAUGUUACAUAAAACAUAAGUUUACAGGGGGGUACAAAACUGAUGCACUUUAUAUAAUACUAUAUCUCAUAAAGUAUAAUACUAUAUUCUAUAUAACACAUUUUAUCAUCCAAUGUUAUUGAAUAGCCAUUUCAGCUUUCCUAAAAUGCUAUAUAUUUUUUUCUACUUAUUACAGUUCGUACUUUUGUUAUACUAAGCAAACUAUCGUCUAUCAUAAACAAUUUAUCGGGACAGACAUAAAAUUGAAGAUAUUGUAUAUUCAUUAUAAUAGUCUGGCGACUUUUAACAGCGCUCGCGCGAAAGUUAUUAUGUUUGAGCGUAUUCAUUAGGCAAUUCAUUCUUACUUAAUUUACUCAUUGGUUUGAGAUUAAUAAUCCGGCCGUAGUUAAUCUAGUACAACAAAUGGGUCAUAAUCUAUCAACCUUUUGUUGUGUUAAGUCAAGCACGUGAAAUGGUUGUCAAGCAAGGUUGCUAACGACACAACGUGGCCUUAGCAACAAGAGAGGGUUAAAGUUCGGCUAGCGGUACAAUGUAUACCCUACAAUGACAGGUUAUUCUGGUUGUAUAAUAACCGCAAAGAAUUGCCUAUAGCCUGGAACGUUUGAAAUAUACAUGAAUAUGCUUUAUUAAAAUAGCUACACUGCAUACACAAUAAGAUGUUCUUCUUUGCAAAUUAAUUUCUGUCAAGUUUAUUUCUAAGUCUCUUAAGCCCUACGUUUUCCUUGAUGAAAUAGCUCGUCAUGCGAUGGAAAUUGUUUAUAGUUAAAGUGACAAUUAUCCUCAAGACCAGUUAGAUUUUGAUAUUUGCUAGUCAGAACUUUAACAGGUGUAACUGACGAGUGUUUUGUUGAAAAAAGACAAGCGCUUAAACAUUUCGUGUACAAACUAUAAAGAUAAACUUUAGAAAACAAAUGGGAACAGCUGGAUUGAAAAACCCUGGUACGUUACGUAAGAUUAUCGAGACAAAAUAGAGCUCAACGAAAUCUUUCUUACAAUUACUUUAGGAAGUUCAAUUGAUCGAAGCAACACAAGCAGCUCUGAAAAGAACCUUGGAUCAAGUGAUUGACCAAUAUAGGUAAGUAUUCUCACUCAUCUCUCGUUCUGUAGCUGUUCUAUCUGAAAGCACGUUCAGUUAUUGAUAGCAAGGUGCUCUCUGUAGUACAAAAUAGAGAAUUGAACACAUAUGGAUAAAAUACAAACGAACAGAACAGAUCUAUAACAGAACAACGAACAGAACAGAUCUAUAACAGAACAGAACAGAACAGAACAGAACAGAACAGAACAGAACAGAACACACUGAUAGCAACUCUCGCAUAUCUCCCGUGCUACGGGUGCCUCUGUUGAGGAGAGCAAGCAAUACUAUUCAUGGCUGAGUCAGCUUGCAUCGUACAACGAUCAACGAUUAUAUAUCUAAGUUUGAAGCUUGUCGUAUACGUCGGGAUUUGAUAUCCUGAGUGUCUCAAUCAGGAAUGGCCAAGGAGUAGCUACCUCAUGGAAUAAGAGCAGAUUAGAACAAAAUUGAACAGAAGAGAGUAGAAAUUUAAGAGCAAAAUAGAAUAGAAGACGAGAUUAAGCUGCAAUAAAUUACUUCAAAUAAAUGUGUUUGUAGAAACAAUUAGAUUCACAGACUCAGAGUUUCAGGCCGUGCUAAUAUUUACAAACCGUCUAUACUGGACACAAGCAAGAUUCUUGUUCUCUAAUGCGCUUAUUUCUAUUUCUUUCCAACAGGAGAUUAGAGUCGGUCAAGAAACGUUUGGAUAAGGAUAGCCUUGACAAACAUUCAGCUCUGAGAAUUGACAAUUAUUGUCAUGGCUUGAACAAUUACUCGUCUGGAUUGGGAUAUCACAAGUUUGCCGUUGAGAUGGACCCGAAGUAAGUUGACGUCAAUGUUGCCAUGGUAAUAAAGAGAGAACAGUAUUGAGGUGUUCGUGCCCCAUGCUACUGCCAAAUGUCUGUAGUCUAUAAGUAACAGGCUGAAGGACCCUGUGUCUAAAUUGGGAAAGAGACUCUGUGGCCCCAGUAUUUGUAUGUCAUAUACAGUACACCUGGCGUAUAUACUAUUGUAUAAGCCAAGUGUACUGUAUAUGACAUACAGACACUGAAGCCACAAUAAGAGACUUACGUUUGAAGGGUUUUACGCCCUUCUUCGCCAGUCUCGGUGACCAAAGUUGACCUUAAUAGUUCACAUAAAUGUUCUGAAAGUAAAGUUGUUUCAAGGUUUUCAAAAAAGUCUGAUAUCCUUCAAUAUAGCAUGAAACUGGAGUCAAAAAGCUUUGAAAACCAACUUGGCAUUAAAGCAAGCCAUUAAAGGAAAAUAGUUUUCAACUUACUAAAAGUCCAUAUUGUCUUUUCCUCCUAGAUUCACGACUCUGCCAGAAUGGGAGAACUUCUCUUAUGAUAACAUCACUCGGGCACGUUGGGAGAGAAAGAUGUCUGAAAACCUGCGAAAGAAAGUGCACGAGUUACUGGUGAGAACCAUGAAUGAACUGAAAGAAAUGUUUGAUGCUGUCAAUCUGGCUAUGAAUAGAAGAGUUAUGGAGACAAGUGAAGCGAAGAAGUCUCUUACUAAUCAUUUGAAAAGGGUAUGGAUAAAAAACUAACGUAUUUCCUGGUACAGUAGGGCAUGUGCUUUUCACACCUGUGACUGAGUUAGAUUCUUGCAAUAUGCAGUUGUCUGAUCAUAAUUUCAUCUCAGACACAUGUGAGAAGAGAGAAUUCAGUUUGAUCCUACCAAAUACCUCAGGUUUUCUCUCCUUUCCUCCUGUUGUAACACUGGACAAAUAAAAAGAUCUUUACUGGACUUCCAGGGAGAACAGUUUAGAAGUGAUAGAGCUAUCCAGUAUAAAUAAAGUUAUUUCAGUGUAGGUUUCCUCCCGUAAUAACACCAGAUCAAUAAGAGAUGAACAUUACUGAACUUCUAGGAAGAACAGUUCAGAACAAAUAGAGCUAUCCAGUAUAAAUAAAGUUAUUUUAGUGUAGGUUUCCUCUUGUAGUAACACCAGGUCAAUACAAGAUGAACAUUACUGGACCUCUAGGAAGAACAGUAUAUUGAUACAGCUACCCAGUAUCAAUAAUUAGUUACCUUAGUCUACUUUUCCUGCUCUAGUAACACUGGAAAAAUAAGGGUGGUACCCAGUCCCUGAACAAGGAUUGGGAAAAAUGGCGCAUGAUGAGAAUGAUCAACGUUCCCAUCAUGCAUCCCACUCCUCAGUCCACUGAUCUAUAUAUGUACUAUAAUUUAUUAUUUGUUUUAAGGCCAUGUUACACGAUGCAAUUUUUCUUGCAACUUGCAAUGCAAUUCUACUCUUGAGAGAUGUUAAUUAGUGAAAUCUGUGAAGAAUUUUCGAUAUGUUGAGAAAACAUCAGCGGAGUGUAAUGAAGACUCGUAUUUGGUAAUUUUACAUCUCUGAAGAGCAGAAUUGCAUUGCAAGUUGCAAGAAAAAUUGCACCGUGUAACAUGGCCUUUAACGACUGAGCUUUUUUUUUGGACGAGUCAGCCUUUACUAGACCUCUGUAUACACUCCACCCUCUCAAUUUCUGCUUCUGUGAUUUUUUGCUAAUAUUUUCUGCAUCACUCUAGGUUAUGGAUGAAAUGGCGAAAAUGAAAGGAAACAUUGACAUGCUGAAGAAAUCCAUCUACGACAAAGAGAAAUACAUGCAGGUCGCUCAGACCCGUCUCGAGAAGCGUGGCUACAGACCAAAUAUGGAGUUAUGUCGCGACAUUCCUAAGUUCCGAUUGGUUGAUGAAGUCCGUGAACUCGAGGCUGCUCUUGAUUCGUUGAAACGCCGGCUCCAGGAUGCAAUUCGCGCUUAUCAAGCUUUGGAACAACAGAAGCUCUCGCUUGAGCAAGAUAUCGCAGUGAAAACCACGAGUUUGGAAAUUGACCGAGAUCUGUGCUAUCGUAUGCGCCAAGGAAUGUCAUGGCAACCAUUCCUAUUGAGUACCGCACCUAAGCUUAAAGAUACCAGCUGCUGUCGUCAAGCUACGCCACCACGCCUUAUGAGUCGACUGUCCCACCGUCCAGUGACCUCACGCUCCAUAACCACCCCAAUGUCAAGAGGGGGUAAACUAGAGGGAAGUAUCCGCCUUCAUAGUGCCGCCUUAGACUUCACAAGCCCCCCUCCCACACGUGGGGGACUCCGAAGUUCACAUCGUGUCAUAACGCCCAUGUUUGGCUGAAAAAAUCUUGGAAAUGAGACUUUGUGAUUCCAUGAAAAAUGUAGGAUAAAUUAUUGAGAUGAAGGAGUGUAACUUAUGGAAUAGUUAUUCAAGUAUUUAUUGUAUAAAUAUAUGGGAUUGAAGGGCAAGCAGUUUACAAUUUUAGUUUACAAUUUUCAUUUUGAAGAUUGCAGUUCAAAAAUUAUUUAAUUAAAGACAUGCAUUAGCACCAACUCAAACAAAUUUGCUAACAAUAGUGCUGUAUUGUCCUUCAAUCUCAUUGAAAAGAACCAUCAUUCAAAAAUAUAUUAUGCAUGUAAAUUCUUGAGGUCCAACAUGGCAAAAGUCAGAUACUUGUUGAAAUAUAUCUUCAAAGUGUUGACUUUAUUGUGUUCAAAACUUGUAACUGAUUUUGAAUUCUUUUAUUGUGAACAUAUUUACAUAUAUAUAACCAAUAUGAUAUUUAAUAGUCGCAUUAAUUGUAGCACAUUAGCACGAAU